AUGAAAACCACCAUUUACCAUGCCGACAAGACCCUCACCUCGAUCCAACCCGGUGCCGAUUGGAGUUCUGUUUACGAGGAGCUUUCAAAAUUGAACCUGAUGGUUUUUGGUGGUCGGGUAUACAUUGUCGGCGUCGGCGGACUUCUCCUCAGCGGAGGCAACUCCUUGUACUCGACAGCUCGUGGCUUUGCUUGUGACGGCGUCGCCAAUUUUCAGGUUGUCCUGGCCAAUGGCAGCAUCGUGAGUGCUAGUGCUGAUGAAAACGCGGAUUUAUACCGCGUUCUAAAGGGCGGGUCAAAUAAUUUCGGUAUCGUGACACGCUUCGAUCUUAACACCUUUAAGGCGCCAGCCACGCUUUGGUGA